AGUGGUUGCUGUGACUCUCUGAUCCUCAGCUGAAGGGCUGGCAAACACCACCUGCUCCUAAUAGCCAUGCAUGCCGGCUGUAGCUCCAGGCCUUCCAUGUGCCAAGACCCAUGAUGACACACAACAACACUGGAGAGGUGGCCAGCUCCAUUCCCAUGGGGGUUUUGGGGCUUUCCCUGGCCCUGGCAAGCCUCAUCGUCAUCGCCAACCUACUCCUGGCCCUAGGCAUCGCCCUGGACCGACACCUGCGCAGCCCACCUGCUGGCUGCUUCUUCCUAAGCCUACUGCUAGCCGGGCUACUCACUGGGCUGGCACUGCCAGUGCUGCCUGGGCUGUGGAGCAGGAGCCAUCGGGGCUACUGGUCCUGCCUUCUUCUCCACUCGGCCCCCAACUUCUCUUUCCUCUCCCUGCUCGCCAAUCUGCUGCUGGUGCACGGGGAGCGCUACAUGGCCGUGCUGCAGCCUCUCCGGCCCCAUGGCAGUGUGCGGCUAGCCCUGCUCCUCACCUGGGUCGGCCCCCUGCUCUUUGCCAGCCUGCCUGUUCUGGGCUGGAACCACUGGAGCCCUGGUGCCAACUGCAGCUCCCAAGCCGUCUUCCCGGCCCCCUACCUCUACCUCGAAGUCUAUGGGCUCCUGCUGCCUGCAGUGGGGGCGGCUGCCCUUCUCUCUGUCCGCGUGCUGGCCACCGCCCACCACCAACUGCAGGAUAUCCGACGACUGGAGCGGGCCGUGUGCCGUGAUGCGCCCUCCACCCUGGCCAGGGCUCUCACCUGGAGGCAGGCUAGGGCACAGGCAGGAGCCAUGCUGCUCUUUUUGCUGUGUUGGGGGCCCUAUGUUGCCACACUGCUCCUGUCAGUCUUGGCCUAUGAGCGCCGUCCACCGCUAGGGCCUGGAACUCUGCUAUCUCUCAUCUCACUGGGCAGCACCAGCGCUGCAGCUGUGCCGGUGGCCAUGGGCCUGGGUGAUCAGCGCUACACGGCCCCCUGGAGGGCAGGGGCCCAAAGGUGGCUACGAGUGCUUCGAGGAAGAGCCAAGAGGGACAGUCCAGGCCCCAGCACUGCCUACCACACCAGCAGCCAAAGCAGCACUGACCUGGACUUGAAUUAAGGAAUGCCUCCCAGGAGCCUUCAUCCAUCUCACAUGCCCACUUCUUUGGAGUAGAGCCCUUUCUCCGUAAGACCUCACCCAGACCAAAUAAAUCUCUGGCCACCUU